AUUAUAUUUUUCACUUGGAUCUUCUUUUCUAAUGAAUCUCGGCCGUCCAUUUCGACCCUUCUUUAUCUACUGAAACUUUUUCUCAGCUCUUUUCUCUUCGCUUUUCUGUGUGCUCAAUCAACAAUCUCUUCUUCCCUAUGCCUUCUCGACCCGAUCCUUAUCUGACCCGAUUCGUUUUAUCGCCGGUUGAGUUCCGUUUCGUUUCGGAUCCUACCGCCUUUUCUUUUAUGAAAAAAUAAAACAGAGCUCCGAAAAAAAAGUGUUUACUUUCUUAUUUCAGAUCGAUCCAUUCUUUUUUGUCCGUUUCGGUUUAAAAACCGUUUUGAUUUUAAUUUCCCUUUAAAAAAGAUCAAUUUUGAUUUUUUAGAUGGAGGAAAAUGGUAACAAGUUGCACAAAACGAUGACGUCACAACCCGGUAUGUCCGAUGUCGUAUUAGGCUGCGUGAUGCCGUACAUCGACGACCCGAAAGACCGCGACGCCGUAUCUCUAGUUUGCAGGCGGUGGUACGAGCUCGACGCGCUGACUCGUAAGCACAUAACGAUCGCGCUUUGUUACACGACGAGUCCCGAUCGGUUGAGGCGACGGUUCCGUCACUUGGAAUCCUUGAAAUUGAAAGGGAAGCCUCGGGCGGCGAUGUUUAAUUUGAUACCUGAAGAUUGGGGUGGGUACGUUACGCCGUGGGUGAAUGAAAUAGCGGAGAAUUUCAAUUGCUUGAAAGCCGUCCAUUUCAGAAGAAUGAUUGUUAAAGAUUCGGAUCUGGAAGUUUUGGCUAGGUCUAGAGGGAAGGUUUUGCAGGUUUUGAAGCUUGAUAAAUGCUCUGGUUUUUCUACUGAUGGUCUCUUGCACGUUGGCCGUUUGUGCCGGCAAUUAAGAACCUUGUUCUUGGAAGAGAGCGCAAUUAUUGAGAAAGAUGGUCAAUGGCUUCAUGAGCUUGCAGUAAAUAACUCAGUUCUCAUGAAUUUAAACUUUUACAUGACAGAUCUUAUGAAAGUGAGUUGUGAAGACCUUGAAUUCAUUGCUCAAAAUUGUCGUAAUUUGGCCUCUGUGAAAAUUAGCGAUUGUGAAAUUUUGGAUCUUGUCGGUUUCUUUCAUGCUGCUCCUGUUUUAGAAGAAUUUUGUGGUGGUUUGUUCAAUGAGCAACCAGAAAGGUAUGCUGCUGUAUCAUUUCCUCCGAGGUUAUGCCGUUUGGGUUUAACAUACAUGGGGAAAAAUGAAAUGCCCAUUGUGUUUCCUUUUGCAUCAUUGCUUAAAAAGUUGGAUCUCCUUUAUGCAUUUUUGGACACAGAAGACCACUGCUUGUUAAUCCAAAGGUGCCCCAACUUAGAAGUUCUUGAGACUAGGAAUGUUAUAGGAGAUAGAGGAUUAGAAGUUCUCGCUCGAAGUUGUAAGAGACUGAAGAGGCUUAGAAUCGAGCGAGGUGCUGAUGAGCAGGAAAUGGAGGAUGAAGAAGGUGUUGUUUCGCAAAGAGGAUUAAUGGCUUUAGCUCAAGGAUGUCUUGAAUUGGAAUACUUGGCUGUUUAUGUAUCUGACAUCACCAAUGCUUCAUUACAAUACAUUGGGACAUACUUGAAAAAUCUGUGUGAUUUUCGUCUGGUUUUGCUUGAUCGAGAAGAAAGGAUAACAGAUUUGCCUCUUGAUGAUGGAGUCCGUGAUCUAUUGAGGGGCUGUGAAAAGCUUAGAAGAUUUGCUCUGUAUCUUCGACCUGGUGGUUUAACCGAUGUGGGACUUGGUUAUAUUGGACAAUAUAGUCCAAAAGUAAGAUGGAUGCUUCUGGGAUAUGUCGGGGGAUCUGAUGUGGGGCUUUUGGAGUUCUCCAAGGGAUGCCCUAGCUUGCAGAAACUAGAAAUGAGGGGUUGUUGUUUCAGUGAACAUGCACUAGCAGCUUCCGUGAUGCAAUUAACUUCUUUGAGGUACUUGUGGGUGCAAGGAUAUAGAGCAUCGGAAUCAGGUCGUGAUCUGUUAGCUAUGGCUCGUCCAUUUUGGAAUAUUGAGCUAAUUCCCGCAAGACGAAUAGUUGGAGAGGAUGCUGUGAUUGAGCAUCCGGCUCAUAUACUGGCAUAUUACUCCCUAGCUGGACCAAGAACAGAUUUCCCUGAAAGUGUCAUUCCUUUGGAUCCAUCCGCUGCUGGAAUAUCAAGCUAAUUCCCACAAGACAAAGUUAUGACCAAUCAGGUUGGAGAGGCUGCUGCGGUUGAGCAUCCGGCUCAAUUACUCAUGUAUUACUUACUCCCUACCCAAACCAAGAUCUGAAUUCCCCGUAAGUGCCAUUCCUUUGGAUCCAUUAGGUGCCGGAGUAGAGCUGUAAAUAUAACCUUCAUCCUAGUAUCCAUUUUUCUUAUCCACGCCCUGUUUAUAAAGUUGAUGUACUUGUAUUUUGUCCUUUUCAAUUAGAGGAUUUCGAUUUUAUUCCUAGAAGUUGUGAUGUAAUAAGAUUGUGUUUCCCUGUGUAAUUUUGAAAGCACUUGCAAGCUUGGUGGGCUACUGUUAUGCCCUUUGUUCGUUGAAAGUAGCUUAGGCCAUUAGUCUUUUUUAUUGAUUUUCAUAGAUAAUGCGGAAAUGAAACUUGACUGAAACUUUGGAAA